AUGAAGUUCUCGGCUGUCGUCCUCGCCGCUGCUGCCCUCACCGCCGUCUCUGCCGCUCCCGUCGCUGUCGAGGAGCGCGGAUGGGGUGUCUUCAACCCCAACUCGGCCACCACUCCCACCGCGAAGGCGAAACGUGAGGUUGAGGAGCGUGGAUGGGGUGUCUUCAACCCGAACAGCGCUGCGACGCCUACCGCCAAGGCGAAGCGCGACGAGAUUGAGGAGCGCGGAUGGGGUGUCUUCAACCCCAACUCGGCUGCGUCGCCUACCGCCCGCGAGAAGCGCGACCUUGAGGAGCGCGGCUGGGGUAUCUUCAACCCCAACUCUGCCUCGACCGUCCCUACCGCCAAGGCGAAGCGCGACGAGAUCGAGGAGCGUGGCUGGGGCGUCUUCAACCCUAACUCGGCUGCUACGCCCACUGCUAAGGCCAAGCGCGACGAGAUUGAGGAGCGCGGAUGGGGUGUCUUCAACCCUAACUCGGCUGCCUCGCCUACCGCCCGCGAGAAGCGCGACCUUGAGGAGCGCGGCUGGGGUAUCUUCAACCCCAACUCGGCUGCGACGCCCACUGCCAAGGCGAAGCGUGAGGUCGAGGAGCGUGGCUGGGGCGUCUUCAACCCUAACAGCGCCGCUACCCCCACCGCCUAA